AUGUUAACCCAAGCUGAUUACAACUUUCACCACAAUCAUAAUCUCCACUACCAACAAUACCACCCCUCUCAGUCUCAGUCUCAGUCUCAGUCUCAGUCUCAGUCUCAAUCUCAACCUCAAUCUCAAUCUCAAUCUCAAUCUCAAUCUCAAUAUCGACCUCAAAAACCAUACAAUACUCGUCAUAAUGAUUGCAUAAUGUCGGCAUCAACUACCCAAGUACCACGUCGAUAUCAACAACCAGUGCAACAAGUGCAACAAGUGCAACAUUUAAAUCAUCAGCCACAUCAACAUCAUCAUCAAUAUGUCCAUCAUACAAUCAACACCAAUACAUUUACCGGCUCUUCUCCAUCAAGCCCAACUUCAUCUUCAUCUUCAUCUUCAUCUUCAUCAUUGUUUUCUCAGGAUAACAACUACACUGAUCAGUGUGAAAACGAUAAUAGACUCACUACUGACAAGCACAUUCACAACCACAACAACCACAACAACAGCAACAGCAGCAACAGCAGCAACAACAGCAACGAUGACGACAAUGAAGAGCACUAUGAUUUGCAGCAACGCUCAUAUUCACCUCCCACACCAUGCCCUUCAAUAUGGAGCAGCUUUGAUGCCAAAAAUAUAUCUGAUAGUCAUGAAUUGUUACAAUUACUAGAACCUAAUCCUGUUUUCCCUCCUUCGUAUGAUACUUUACCUCCUGGUGGCUGUCCAAGAUUCCCUGUACUCCAACCUUUAUCAUCAUUCGAGCAAGCAAUAUAUGCAAACUUGAAUUCAUCUCAACUUACACCCUUUGAAUCUGCAUCAACCUCAUUAUCGUCAACAUCAGCAUCAUCAACUUCUGCUACACACCUAAACAAUAGCGAACCAAUGGAAACUGUCCCACCAUCAUAUUCGCCGUCUAUUUACAAAAUAGGAGUUGUGUCAAGGAAAGUAGAAUGGGUCAACCCUUAUGAAAUGUCUACUAAUCGAAGUUGGAAAUAUCUCAUUUGUGAAUUAAAUUCCACUCAAUUGAAUUUUUACAAUAUCCCACCAUAUUAUGAAGACAAAAUAUUGGAUUUUGUUUCCAGGGAUAACAAAUCAUCCUUGUCUCCAAACUCUGCAAAACAUGUUCCAAUUAAUGAUUCUAUAUUCACAUCUGAUUUUGAUCAUCAGUUUUACGACUUUGUUAAGCAGCAGGGUUUACUUUACGAUUUAUCCACUGGAUCCAAGAAGAAAGGUUUGGUUAGAACUUACUCGCUCCAAUACGCAAGGAUAGGAUUAGCUACUGAUUAUUUAAAAAGAGUCAAUGUCUUGCGAUUGAGAAUUGAAAGCGAACAAAUCUUGUUGCAUUUUGAAAAUACACAGGAUUUAAUUGAUUGGAAUAUGCUGCUCACUGUGGGUAAAGAUAUUGCUAUUGAUGUUAAUGAACGGGAAUUGCCAAAAUAUAGAACUGUUCCAAGGCGCAGAAGAAGGGGCAACAGAGCAGGAGGAGGAGGAAGUAGAAGAAGUGCUGGUGGAAGCAAUAGUGUCUCUACCAAUAACUACACUUUAGGUUCAUCAACUGCUCAUUAUUCGCGCUAUAAUCAAACUACCGAUCAAUUUGCCAGUACAAGAAGUUUGAUAAAAUCAGUUUCUGAUGCGAAUAAGAUUAAAGGUAGUUUCAGCAAACUCAGGUCCAAGUUUUCGUCAUCUCGGUUGAGAAGCAGUUCGUCUCCAUCGCCAUUAGGGUCUCCGGGGCCUGCUGCCAACGAAGAAGUAAGAUCAGCAAGAUUUAGAUCUGGUUCUAAUAUCUCGGAUCGUCAAGAUCGCAGCAACAUUAUGACACCGAAUGAAGCAGCGGUGAAUUGUCUGUACCGAUCCGAACAAGGUAGGUACUCAUCGACUGGUGGCAGGAACCAACAGUCAAAUCAAGAUGCCAGUCAUAAUAGCUCAUAUGCCAACAGUUUUGAGGACGAUGACGACGAUUUAGAAGAUUAUGACGAGGAAUUCAAUGAAGUUUUGAGAAGGUCUAGACAGGAAACACUGGGACACACGAUGAUGCCAGCGGGUAAUGAAGACGACCAGGAGGAUAUUCAAAGCAUGUCUGAUUUACGAUUAGACGAGGAUGAAGAAGACGGAUUGAGAGAAGUCGAAGCUCAGGAUGAAGAAGACUAUUCUGAACAGGAAGAGGACGUAGAAGACGGUUUUGUAUCUAUGGCGAGAAGCCGUGGUGUUUUUGCAAUUGGUUCUCCCGAACGCAAAACUUGUUCACGCACCACUGAGCUUGAUGUCAAGUGGAACCCCUGUCCAAAUGAAGGAUACAGCAAACGCAGAUAUUACCGUAAUUGUUUGCGUUGUAUUAAACCCCUCACUAUGGAGGAUUCGUGGGUGUAUAAACCAUUGGUCAAACCUACUCCAUUCUCGCCAUUGAAUGUUGCUUAUCUUAGAGCUGUCAAAUACGCAGGCCCAAAUGGAGAAGUGUUGGCGUCUGCUUCCUCAUCAGUUUUAAAUUCUGGUGUUUCUUCUUCAAGUGCUAGUUUUACUUCAUUGAAUCGCAAGAAUGGGAAUGGCAGUGGCAGUGCAUUCAUGAGAGAAGGAACAGCAGGAGUAAAUCCAAUGAUGAUGUUACCCGACACUGCGCUAACCAAGUUGCCUAAUCAUUUUGUGAAGGAGUUUUGUGUUGGUCCGCAUGGUUUGGUUCCUAGAGAAAUCAUAUAG